AUGAGCCUCGAGCUCCAGUCUCUCCCCGGCGCACGGCAGGUGCAGAGGAUCCUGAUAGGACGGAACGAGAAGAGGAGGGUCGGCUACAUCAACCUGCUGCUCCAGUCGCCAUCCCCGGAUGUCGACGAGCUGCGGUACAUGGGCGUUCAUGGAGGGUUUCACGACAAUGGCACGAGGAGAAAAGUCUGGCCGAUGCUUGUUGGUCUAUCGCACGAAGAUGGAGGAGGAGGAGGAGGCGGAGGAGGAGGCGGAGGCGGAGGAGGAGGAGGAGGAGGAGGAGGAGACGAAAAGCCAGGUGUGGAGUUGGAAGGCGAUGGAGAAGCGGGAGCAGAGGGAAAGGGAUCCGCACACGGGAGCGUGAGCGAACAGGAUGAAGCAUGCUCGAGCAACGUCUGCCCGGACCCUCUCCCUUCCGAGGAGAAGCACAGAUACUACGAGCAGAUCGAACUUGAUGUCACUAGAUCAGCAACACACCUCGGUACUUGGCAUCCAAGGAAGCUGGGAGAGAGGGGAGGCAGGGGAGGCAGGGGAGGCAGGGGAGGCAGGGGAUGCAGGGAGGCAGGGGAGGCAGGGGAGGCAGGGGAGGCAGGGGAGGCAGGGGAGGCAGGGGAGGCAGGGGAGGCAGGGGAGGCAGGGGAGGGAGAAAGGGAGGGAGGAAGAAAAGUCUUGUCUCUGCCUGCCUUCCUGCCUGCCUUGGAAAACACACAGUUCCAUUACUAUCAGGGCUUCCAUGACCUAGCCUCUAUCAUCUUGCAUGCGUUUGACGACGUGGAGAUGUCGAAGCAAGUGAUCUUCAGAGUCAUGAAGCUGUUCUUGAAGGAGGCCAUGGGCGAGGACUUGAGCAUAGCCAACGACGCGCUCUCGCUGCUCGUCCACCUCAUCGAACGAGAUGACCGCGUCCUCGCGCAGACUCUGUGCAAGGACGGAGUUGGCCCGCAGUUUGCGUUGAGUUGGCUUCUCACUUGGUUCUCCCACGACGUCCGCAACGCCCACCAGGUCGAGAGUCCUUGCAACGACCUGUCAAAAUUCCCUACCUGUCAAAAUUCCGCUAACAGAGCAGAGCGACAGGCUUUCAGGCUCUUCGACUCCUUCCUCUCCUCGCACCCCCUCCUGCCUCUCUACACCGCUGCCGCCAUCAUCAAGUUCCGAAGUGACGUCAUCCUGGACCCGGCCCAUGAUUACGCCGAGGUCCACAUGCUAAUGCAGAAACUUCCGGACGAUCUCCCACUGGACGUCAUCAUUGCGCAAGCGUCCAGGUCGUUCACCAAGUAUCCUCCAUCACGAGCUGUCGCUGCGCUCGCCCUCCAGCAAGAGGCGAGCAGCCUGCGGAUGCGCUUGUCCCGAUCUCGCUCAUGGCUGUCCCUCCCGCUGGUGCUGAGCAGGAAGGGGACGAGGAGGAAGCGAGAGCCGGAGGAGGAGAGGCGGGGGAUCUCGGCCAUGUCGCAGGAGAUGUUUGUCGUCCCCUCCAGGAGAAGCACAGCUGGCGACGCUGAGUCGAUGUGGGAGACCAAGAAGCGAAUAACGAGCAUGUCGGCCGCUAUCAGCGUCUUCAUGUUCCUUGUGGUUUCUCGCAUCAACGAAUACUUUUACGGAUAAGAGGAGGCGAAGGACCGAAGAAACUCUCCUGCUCUCCUGCUCUCCUGCUCUCCUGCUAACUUUAUUUACAUCCAGCCCUCUCAUCUUUUGUUAUUUACACAAAUCCUGAAUCCUC